AUGCCUCAUAAGCAUCAUAACAGAAGCUCGAGAGACCUUGGCCGUCAAAGUCAGGGUCCCUCACGCCAAGUCCAAAACUCAUCUCAGCUACAGCAACAACCUACCCAACUACUCAUGUCCCCGUGGUCCUUCUGGGAUUCUGUAGCUGUGAACCUGUUCCACUUGCCAAAAGAUGUGAAUACACGUAUCCUGUGGCAUGUAUUUUCCCAAGAGGGCAACGUCAGUUCCAUAGAUCUAUUCGAGGACUCUCACGGCAACAGAGAUUCUAAAGCGAAGAUCCGUUUCAAGCCGCCUCCUAAGACAGACUUCUGGAGGAAGGGAUCAUACCUCAUCAAAGUUCCCAAUGGUCGAGCAGCACUCGUCAACAUUGCUCUUGAUUUCAACCGCGAUAAACCACAGAUUGCAAGUCCUGUUCGUCCGGACAUCUUUUAUCCAGUUGAAGUCAAAAUGCCAAUCUUGUCUAUGGAUGUCGGCAUUCUACUGAACAAGACGACAAUGUUGCCAAUGCGCUCUGUCGGCUCUGGCAGAGAUGAGCACGCAUCAGUAGUUCUUAAUCUGAGGCAAAGAGCUCUUCUCGUCUACUUUCAACUUCCUAUUUUCAACCAGGGACAGAAACUAACUCCAACCGCUGGUGUCCUCCAGGAAUACCGCUUGAAAAUACCCUUCGUUCAACUAACUCAGAUUCUCCAGACGUGCGAUAGUGCUACAGAAAGUCUUUCGCACUUUAUAGUUCUAGACUCUCCUCCACUAUAUCAUCGUCGAAUCAACAACAUCGACGUAACGCUUUCAGAGGACAGCAACUCGUGGAGAGAGUCGGACACCUGGUACCGGCAGACCUAUAUCGUCCACAAUGCAUUGGAGAUAUCAGCUCUUCCUAUCGGACUCAAAAAAUCGAAAGCCGUAAUAGAUAUUGGUCGUUGGAAAGUUUUCAAGAUAGUAUACCCUAAAGACGCCAAUACCAAGGACAAGCUAGAAUUGCUAUGUAAUGCCCUCAAGGACUACAACGUCAAGAUCCAGAACAUAGAUCGAUUUACUCAAUGGGACACGCAGACGGAGAUAAGGCCCCCUGUCUGGAAAUGGAUAGACACGUCUGACCCCCCAUCACCAAAGAAAACAUUCUCACUAAAAGAUCUCUUCGACCAUGAUUUUGUCCAUUUAACCUUCCCUGUCCGUUAUCAACUCGAAGUCUGCAUCUCGAACGGAUAUCUCUCUGAGUUUACAAUGACUCGUGAGUUUGCUGUAAAGCUGUCUGAACUAGAAGAGGCGCACGCAGUAAAACUCCUGGAACAUGUGUCCACGAAGAAGCAUGUUUAUCACGACCCGAUGAAGAUCUUUGAAUUGAAGUUCAUUAAGGGAGUGACUCAUAUAAAGAUUCCCCCUUACUGCUGCUAUAUGCGCUCUGCUAGAAUUACACCUAGUACCAUCUAUUACAAUACGCCGACAGUAGACAUCUCCAACCGUAUCGUCCGUCGCUAUAUCGAGCAUGCAGACCGUUUCCUUCGAGUGCGAUUCACGGACGAGAAAGUGCUUGGUCGGAUCAACUGCACGACUGACAGUACGAUGGAUGAGGUGUUCACUCGUAUCAAAAGAGCAUUGACAAAUGGAAUUGUAAUUGGUGAUAGACGCUACGAAUUUCUCGCGUUUGGAAACUCCCAAUUCCGGGAACACGGCGCCUACUUCUUCGCUCCUUUGUCAAACCUCACAGCUGCCAAUAUCCGUGCAUGGAUGGGCCAUUUCAAUAGCAUACGCAAUGUUGCGAAGCAUGCCGCCAGGCUGGGGCAAUGUUUCUCGACCACUCGAGCUAUUGCCAGUUGUCCAGUGGAGAUGGUUAAGAUCGAGGAUGUUGAACGUAACGGGUAUACCUUCUCCGAUGGUGUCGGUAGGAUCUCGCGAUUUCUGGCGCAAAUGUCUAUGUCGGAGCUCAAGAUCAAAACGCCAACGGGAGAGCCUCCCUCUGCAUUUCAGUUCCGUCUAGGUGGCUGUAAGGGAAUGCUCGUUAUCUCUCCCAAGGCUCUACGCCAGGAAGUACACAUCCGAAAAAGCCAGUUCAAAUUUGCGGCUAUCCAUAACGGUUUAGAGAUCGUCCGCUGGUCUCAGUUCUCUACGGCCACUUUGAACAGACAGCUCAUCAUUGUGUUGUCAACACUGGGAGUCCCCGACCAAGUAUUCCAUGCGAAGCUCUGCACCAUGGUACAGGGGCUCGAGGAGGCCUUAGAAAGUGACCCACAAGCCAUCUACUGGCUCAGGAAAUAUGUGGAUCCAAACCAAAUGACCCUUACGAUCAGUCAGAUGGUUCUCGAUGGUUUCAGGAGAUCGAAAGAGCCUUUCCUGACGUCAAUUCUGACAUUGUGGAGGGCGUGGCAUCUCAAGUACUUGAAAGAAAAAGCUAGGGUCGCCAUCGACAAGGGAGCAUGUCUAUUAGGCUGUAUGGAUGAGACAGGGGUUCUUCAGGGCUAUUUCCACGACAAAAAGCCUAGGCAGGAUGCCUCGGCGGAAGAAAAAGUGGCUGCCCUGCCUGAGAUAUUUCUUCAGGUGUCUCGUCCCGAAACUGGUGGAAAGCCCGAAAUAGUUGAAGGCCCCUGCAUCCUGGCCCGUAACCCUUCCUUACACCCAGGUGAUAUUCGUGUCGUGAAAGCCAUCAAUGUUCCCCAGUUGCACCAUCUUCACGAUGUGGUUGUCUUGCCACAGACAGGCGACCGAGAUAUACCAAGCAUGUGCUCGGGCGGAGAUCUAGAUGGCGACGAUUACGUCGUUAUCUGGGACCGCGACCUGCUGCCCAAGGACUGGUUUCGGGAGCCUAUGAAAUAUGCUAGCAACAAAGCUCAGGAUCUCAAUAGGGACGUGACAGUCAAUGACAUCACAUCCUUCUUUGUCAUGUACAUGAAGAACGACUUUCUUCCUAGGAUCGCCCAUGCCCAUCUCGCCUUGGCCGACUUCCUUGAAGAUGGUGUCAAUGAGGAAAAAUGCAUCCGGCUUGCCCAGCUACAUUCCGUCGCAGUAGACUACAACAAGACAGGCAUCCCGGCCAUACUGACACGCAACCUAGAACCCCGAAAAUGGCCGCACUUCAUGGAGAAGUUCCAUAAGCCCAAGGACAGAAUAUACCACUCAAACAAGAUCCUGGGUCAACUGUACGACGCCGUUGAGCGUAUUGACUUCGUCCCCAGCCUCGAAAUGUCAUUCGAUAAGCGACUCCUCAGCUGCGACAUAGAAGUACCCGACGACCUUCUUGCAUUUGCAAAGAACCUCAAGGGUCAAUAUGAUGACGCAAUGCGCCGAAUCAUGGCACAGCACGAGAUCAAAACGGAAUUCGAAGUCUGGUCGACAUUUAUUCUAAGCCAUGCCAAUGCAAGCAAGGACUAUAAGUUCCAUGAGGAAAUUGGUGCGAUCUCCACUUCUCUCCGCGAGACAUUCAAAAAACAAUGCUACGAAAGAGUUGGAGGCCGAAAUUUUGACCAAAUUGCUCCUCUGGCUCUCGCCAUGUACCGCGUCGCUAACAAAGAAAUGUCCACCGCGCUUAACAAAUAUCGCGCUGAGAACCUGACGGUGGACAACAAACUUUUCCGCAAACCGGCACCCAAGAUUGGCCAAUUGCCUUUGAUCAGCUUCCCAUGGAUUUUCCCGCAUAUAUUAGGGAAGAUCGCGCUAGGUCAUUAUGAAUUCCCGGCGCACGCUUCAAAUGCCAAUACUGACCCUUUCGGCCUGUUCACCGAUGACCCGGAGCCUAACCCUUCUGUUCCCUACCAUUGUGAUACACGCAUGGUUGCCCCUAUGCCCCAGAACCACGGUGAACACGUGAAAUCUUUGGAGCAGCUUCUUGAUUUUGGGCUCUCAGCCUCUGACCCAUAUGAAUUAGCUUCGUCUGCAGCGGCACCUAACGGCGCUAUCGAUACAGGUCUCAACUUGCUGGAUAUUGCUGAUAUUCCGGAGAGCAGCAGCAACGGAUGUAUCGUGCAACCCACGGACUUCAAGGCUAACGCUAAAUCCAAUAUAAAGCAAUGUGAGAGCCCAAGUGGCGGUGGCAGUGCCGGUGGUGGAUGUAUCGUGCAAAGCAUUGAUACGACCACCCAGCCUAUUGACCUCUCACAGCGCGGCAGCAGCCCAAGCGGCGGCGGUUCCAGCGGGGAUGGGUGUAUUGUUCAAAUUGUAGACAUGAUUAAUAACACGCUCAAAGAAGAAAUUAAUAGUGACAGGUGUCAUGAAAUCGUGGAGGAAGAGGAUGAUCUUCAGCCUAAUGCUCUUGACAAGCUUCAGGAGUUGCUGGGUUUCUGA